AGUCAAUCAUUAGUAGUGGAGGUCAGACAGAGGAAGAGUGAGAGGUGAAGGAGUGAGAGCAUCUCUGCUCAGGUUACGUGGCUUUCAGAAGAAAGAUCUAAUCUCCUAAAAGACGUCCAAACCCGACUGCGCCAACGAGGGUGCGCUUGACUGAGCCGAACAGAAAGGACUGCUUCACGAACUUACGAGCGUCCCCCGGGGUCUGAAACGGAAAUAAAUAUGACCCUCGUCUUUUACCUCAUGCUCAUCCUCAUCCCAAGCCCCGUCCUGCUUUCCCACCAGGCGUCCGCCCCCUCCGAGCUGCAGCGGGUCACCAGGGAUGCCAAACCCCAGCCCAUCAAAGUGCUCAUUUCGGAGCCGUGCGUCCAAGGCGACCUCUCCGACUCCGGCGAGAUCAAAGGGAAAGAGGUGGACCUGGAUCCCCGCUCUCCUCUGGUGCUGACCCACCGGAUCCGGGUGGUGCCCGGGUCCUCGGGGGGUUCGUGCUGCCAGACGGAGUUUGCGGCGCUGGCUGAGCGAAUGGAGAGGCUGGAGAGGGAAGUUUCGGAGCUCAGGGAGAAGUGUGGAGGAACGGACGGAGGCUGCUGCACCUCCCAGCAGAGUCAAGGAGCCGGUUGCACCACCCGGACAGACGAGUGCGAGAACGGCUGCAACGACCAGGGCCGCUGCGUGGACGGGAAGUGUGUGUGCUUCCCAGGGUACAGUGGACCGGACUGCGGCGUUCCCGACUGCCCCGGAGGCUGCAGCGACAAGGGGAGGUGUGUAAACGGGAAGUGCGUUUGUGACCCCGGUUUCACCGGUCCAGACUGCUCCAGCACACAGUGCCCUGAAAACUGCAGAAACAAAGGACGAUGUGUGAACGGGAAGUGUGUGUGUGAUCCGGGAUUCGCCGGUCCGGAUUGUUCUGAAAGGUCCUGCCCUGGAAACUGCAACAACAAAGGAAGGUGUGUGAAUGGGAGGUGUGUGUGUGACCCCGGUUUUGCAGGACCAGACUGCUCGGGGACUAAGUGUCCUGGAAACUGCAACAAGGGACGAUGUGUAAAUGGACAGUGUGUUUGCAAUGCAGGAUUCACUGGACCCGACUGUUCGGAAAAGUCCUGUCCUGGUAACUGCAACAACAAGGGACGAUGUGUGAAUGGGAAAUGUGUGUGUGAUGCCAGCUUUACUGGACCCGAUUGUUCGGAAAAGUCCUGCCCUGGUAACUGCAACAACAAGGGUCGAUGUGUGAAUGGGAAAUGUGUGUGUGAUGCAGAAUUCACUGGACAUGACUGUUCGGAAAAGUCCUGCCCUGGUAACUGCAACAACAAAGGUCGAUGUGUGAAUGGACAGUGUGUUUGCGAUGCAGGAUUUACUGGCCCAGACUGUUCGGAAAAGUCCUGUCCUGGUAACUGCAACAACAAGGGUCGAUGUGUCAAUGGACAAUGUGUGUGUGAUGCCAGCUUUACUGGACCCGAUUGUUCAGAAAGGUCCUGUCCUGGUAACUGCAACAACAAAGGAAGGUGUGUGAAUGGGAAAUGUGUGUGUGAUACCGACUUAACAGGCCCAGACUGUUCGGAAAAGUCCUGUCCUGGUAACUGCAACAACAAGGGUCGAUGCGUGAAUGGACAGUGUGUUUGCAAUGCAGGCUUCACUGGACCUGACUGUUCGGAAAAGUCCUGUCCUGGUAACUGCAACAACAAGGGACGAUGUGUGAAUGGACAGUGUGUUUGCAAUGCAGGCUUCACUGGACCUGACUGUUCGGAAAAGUCAUGUCCUGGUAACUGCAACAACAAGGGACGAUGUGUGAACGGGAAAUGUUUGUGUGAUGCGGGAUUCACCGGACCUGACUGUUCGGAAAAGUCCUGCCCUGGUAACUGCAACAAAAAGGGACGAUGUGUGGACGGACAGUGCGUUUGCGAUGACGGGUUUUCCGGACCGGACUGUUCCGUCAAGACGUGUCCCGAUAACUGCAAGAAUCGUGGAAGGUGCGUGAACGGCAAAUGUGUGUGUGAUGCUGGGUUUACCGGUCCAGACUGCUCAACCGCUCAGUGUCCUGGAAAUUGCAACAACAAAGGCCGUUGCGUGAACGGGAAGUGUGUGUGCAACCCCGGUUACACGGGAGCAGACUGCUCUUCUAAAUCCUGCCCUAACAACUGCAGCAACAAAGGCAGAUGUGUGAACGGACAGUGCGUUUGCGAUGUGGGUUUCACUGGCGAAGACUGCAACACCAAGUCAUGCCCAGAUAACUGCAACAACAAAGGAAGGUGUGUAAAUGGCAAGUGUGUAUGCGACCCUGGUUUUGCGGAGCCAGAUUGCAGCGAGUGCGACAGCGGAUUCACAGGACCCGACUGUGCGACAGCUCUAAGUGGAGUUUCUCGCCUUGGCACCAGGAACAUCACUGAUUCUUCAGUUACACUCUUUUGGACCCAACCUUCCGUGCAGUACACCACCUACUACAUCACCUUUACCAGUGAGAAAGAGACGGAUCAGGAGAUCACGGCCACUGUGAAUGGACGGUUGAACACCUACACUCAGGUGGGUCUCGCUGCUGGACAGAAAUACACGGUGAACAUCGUGGGUGAAAAAAAUGGAAAGAGAGGAGCUGAGAGCACCGCCAAGUUCCAAACACUGAUCUCGGGCCCCAAAGACCUCGAGGUGGUGAAGAGGAGCACGACGUCGGUCAUAGUCCAGUGGGAGGAAGCUCAGGGUGACAUCGACAGAUACGUCCUUUCCGUUAAACCCCAUCAGGACGACGGCUCGGGCCAGGGAAGACAGGAGCUCAGGAUCCCGGCCGAAAGAGACUCGGAGCAAAUCAACGGGCUGGAGCCGGGUCGUCUGUACGACAUUUCACUGGUCGCGGAGAAGGACGGAGCUCGUAGUCCGCCAGCGACUGUGCAGGCAACUCCUGGACCUUCCUUGAUGACAUCUGAGAGUGGUAGAGUCAGACCAAAUGUCAGACCAAAUGUCAGACCAAAUGUGGGCGUAAUGAGACCCAACGGCUCAAGAAUUAUCAGUGGACCAGGGCGUCUAGGUCAUCCUGUUUCAAAACACCCGGUGGGACGUUUCCCAGGAGAGGGAGCAAGACCCACAAGACCAAGGCUACCAUCUAAUGCCACUAGACCACAAACAAGUCCUAAAAAGUCAACAAAUGGACAUAUGUCUCAUUUAAAACCAACUGAGCAUACUGCAUUACAGUACGAUACGUUAAACAUCAACGUCUCUAAAGAUUCUGCCAGGCCGCAAGACCCGGAGUCCUUGAGAGGUUCUGCAAAAUCGACCGAAGAACCCUUGGAGCCAACCAUAACAACAGAAAGGAACCUCACAGCCUAUGUAAAUGGAACCAAGUGUGUGCGUAGGGUGUUGGUAGGCCAUCGUAAAAUACGCCUACAUGGGGCAUCAACUGGAAACGUGCUGUCAAAAAACCUCUCGGUUAUCAUUGGUCAUGUCACCGGAAAUAACCUUUUAGAAAAGAUAGUCACAGAAAAGCUUGAGGAGCCUACUGAUCCUGCUCAGCAUCUAGAAGAAACUGAAGAAGACCCAAGUCUGGAGGAGUUAUCAAAGGAGACCGAACACGAAAGCCAUGAAAUGGAAAAACUAUUCAAGAAACCCUUGCGGGCACCGGAAGACGAACUUGAGACAACUCAGAGCCCUGUGGAUUCCACACCUUCACCCCCUGCACCCUUGGCCAGGAUUCAUUCCCAACCUACUGUGGUGCCACCUGAGACUCCGAACCAAGACUCGAACACAGAUCCGGUGCCCCCAUCAUCCCAUCAUAGAUACACAACCAGAGUAAAACCAUCUGGAUCAUCAAGCUCAACAGCUCAAGUGUCUCGAAUAUCCACAGGUAAACUAAAAUCUCAAGAGAGAGACGCAACACACCCUGAAGAACCUCAGCUUUUAGAUGGUCAAGGUUUACUCCCCAAAUCUGUCACGAAGACAAAUGGUGAAAGGACGGAGGGUAAGCUUGAGACCAAGCUCAACAAAACCAUAAGUAAGCCUGCACCCCCAUUUAAUCGAAUUCCACACCGAGGUACAAUCCAGCGCCGGCCUCAUCCUUUUGGUCCACUUUCAAACCGGACCAGACCAAUUCUAAAGCCAUCUCACCAUUUUCCCAGAAAUCCCCUGCUCAGACCUCAUAACACUGGUAGGCAAACCAUUCCCAACAUCGGCAGCCAAGACCAUAACCAAACAUCAAAAUUAACACCGCAGGGUAAAAAUGGCACCCCUGCCAGACCCUUACCAGAACCGAAUGCUGAAAUAAACCCAACCUUCGCCACAAUUCAUGGAGAUAACAGCACUGGUAUAUCUGUGGACAAGGAGGCAAGCAAAGGUACCAGCUCAAAUCUAGAGCCUACAGACCCUCUCUCCCCAGACAAGUCUCCAACCGAUGGUGGGGUCUCAGAAGACGUCAUUGAUCAAGAGACCAGAGUCUCAAACAGAGACAAAGGUAGCAAAGGUACCAGUUCAAAUCUAGAGCCUACAGACCCUCUUUACCCAGACAAGUCUCCAACUGAUGGUGGGGUUUCAGAAGACAUCAUUGAUCAAGAGCCUACAGACCCUCUCUCCCCAGACAAGUCUCCAACCAAUAGUGGGGUCUCAGAAGACGUCAUUGAUCAAGAGACCAGAGUCUCAAACAGAGACAAAGGUAGCAAAGGUACCAGUUCAAAUCUAGAGCCUACAGAACCUCUUUACCCAGACAGGUCUCCAACCAAUGGUGGGGUUUCAGAAGACGUCAUUGAUCAAGAGCCUACAGACCCUCUCUCCCCAGACAGGUCUGCAACCAAUGGUGGGGUUUCAGGAGACGUCAUUGAUCAAGAGACCAGAGUCUCAAACAGAGACAAAGGUAGUAAAGGAACCAGUUUAAAUCUAGAGCCUACAGACCCUCUCUCCCCAGACAAGACUCCAACCAAUGGUGGGGUUUCAGAAGACGUAAUUGAUCAAGAGACCAGCGUCUCAAACAGAAACAACAGCACUGCCAGGCAACAUGUUCUCCAUCACCAAGUCAAACCAGCAAUCAACAGCAGCAGGCAAAAUGUCAUGUCAAAAUUACAUCACAUCUUCAGACCGCCAAUUCAGAGAAGGAAAGGUGGCACGGUCAUCAGACCACCUAAAAUCACCCCAAAUGCCACCACAAUUAAUGGAGGUACAAAAUCUAAAGUUGCUUUUCCAACAGAAGUUGUCGUUAGCUUCCCACUGGAUACCAAUGCCAACAAAGAACCCAGACCUGAUGAUACAAUCCCAGCUCUAGGUGAGGGUUCAGAAAACACCUUAGAUCACGUCCUACCCAAAAUCAAAGUUAACAACACAGCCAGGCAAACUGAUACACAUCACCUGAUGGUACCAGAAACCAGCCGUACCCGCCAAAAUGGCCUAAAUCUCCACAUGAGGUCACCAGUUCUGAGAAGAAGAAAUGGCACCAUCGUCAGACCUUCAUCAAGACUCCAUCCUCAAAUCAAACCAAACGCCACCAUAUAUGAUAAUACUGGCACAACAUGGAGUCAAGAGUCCAAAGCUGGUGUCGCAAGAGACCGAGAUACAAGCAAAGCAAGUGUAGAUCCUGAGUUUACUCCUCCAACAGACAGACUCCCAUCAAAACCUCAUUCUACCACCAUUCAUACCAGUCCAAACAAUCAAUUCCCAGAGGAAACCAGUGCAAACCAAGAGUCUGAGGUCACUUUAGAAGCUGAAAAGUCUCCAGUAAGACCUGAUAACACGUUAGAAGAAACUGGCGAGAGUUACAGAGUGGCAUCUAGAGGCAACAGCACUCAUAGGCAAACCGUUCCACAUCACCAAGUUAAACCAGUAAUUGGCAGCACCAAUCAAAACGGCUUUAAGCCCAACCUUAGACACCCAUUUGUACAAAGAAGAAAAAAUGGCACACAUUUCAGACCUCCAACCAAACAGAGUGGUACAACCGCUAAUCUCCCAAAAGAACCCAAUGCAAACCAAAGGGUCAGACUCACCUCCUCAACAGACAAGACUUCAGUAAAGCCUGAUGAUACGUUACAGGUUGUUACCGGUGGCUCAGAAAAUGCAAUUAAUGGGCAAACCCUUCUCCAUCACCAAGUAAAACCAACAACUAGCAGCGACGACCAAGAUAACCUCAACAGACAUCCAACGAGAGUUCAACAAAACUUAACCAGCGCUCACAGUGGUCCAACAAUUCACUUCCCACCCGAAACCGAUCCAAAUCAAGACCGUGAAGUCACUUUCUUAUCAGAAAGGUCUCCAGUAAAGCCUAAACAGACAGUCCUAGCAGUAGGUGGGGGUGCAGAAGGCAUACUGGGUGGUGGAAGUAAAAACUUGAUAGAUGAUGUCAAAGACCCUAAGCCUGGCGAGUCCCCAGAACCUGGAGUUGUUCCCUUACCAGACAAGGUAACUGGUGAGACUAGUCAUUCACUUUCAACUUCAAAGAAGUCAGACGAUGGCAUUAACAAAUUCGGAGUCAAAAAUGUGACCUCCAAAGGAUUUGUGGUAAUCUGGAUGGCACCACAGGGGAUGUUCACAAGUUUUGUCAUUAGCAUCACACCAAAGAGUGAUGGAGUGAAGGACGGUAGUAUCCAGGAGAAGAAACCAGAUGAAGAAAUGUUCAAUGUCCUAGACAGUGAGCUUGAACCAAAAACCCUCACAAAUGAUGGAGUCAUCAAGCAAGUGCUUCCUGGUACUGCUCGUUCAUACCCGGUCACGGAUCUCGCUCCACAGACUGGCUACCACGUGAGCUUUUUUGGAAGGCACCCCGGAUUACAUUCCGAUAUUCACACCAUCAUCAUCACUACAGGUCCGGAGCCUCCCUCAGACCUCAGCUUCAGUGAUAUCACUGAUAGCUCCCUCAAUGUGUCGUGGAGGAAGCCCAAGAGCUCGGUGUCUGGGUUUAAGGUCACCUACACUCACACCCAGGAGGGUGAGCCGAUCUCAGUGGCGAUGAAUUCCUCAGCCUCGACUCUCUCCCUGAACAAACUUUCUCCCGGAUCCUCGUAUGAGGUUAGCGUCAUCUCUGUGCUUGGCCUGGACGAGAGCGACGCCAUCAAGGACAUGGUCCUUACACUUCCUGACCCACCCACUGACCUCAGGGCCAUCAACGUCACUGAUACCAAAGCCAUUCUGCUCUGGAGACCAGCGCUGGCAACCGUGGACCAGUACGUCAUCGUUUACAGCCCGGAGAAAGCUCCAGGUUCAGAGUCCACAGUGAAGGUAUCAGGUAACACGGUGGAGCAGCAGCUUCAGGCUCUGACGGCCGCCACCAAAUACAUCGUCAACAUCUUCAGCCAGCUCGGAGAGGGAAGGAGCGCCGGCACACAAACCAUCUUCACCACCACCAACGGCGUCGGCGUAAAAGGGGAGGGACCCCGGGACCUGACGGCCAGUCAGGUCACCCCGCGUACGGCCGUGUUGUCGUGGAAACCACCGUCUUUACCCGUGACCAGCUACAAGCUGGUAUAUUUCACAGAGGGAGGAGAGCGCAAGGAGGUGACCCUUGACCCCAAUGCCAGAGAGCACAAGCUGAAGCGGCUGCGCUCCUCAUCUAAGUACACGGCUCAGCUGCAGGGCGAGAGAGGAGGCGUCUACACCGCCGCCAUCUCCACCGAAUUCACUACAGGUCCUCUGAGGUUCCCGUUCCCCACUGAUUGCUCUCAGGAGGUUCUGAACGGAAUAACUGAGUCGGACGUAACAGAGAUUUUUCCUGGAGGAAAAGAUGGAAAACCUGUUCUGGUGUACUGUGAUAUGGAGACGGAUGGAGGAGGAUGGACGGUUUUCCAGAGAAGGAAGGACGGCAAAGUAAACUUCUUUAGAAACUGGCCGGACUACAGAAAGGGAUUCGGAGACCUGGAAGGAGAGUUCUGGCUCGGUAACGAUUUACUCCACAAUCUCACCACCAUGACUCCAAUGAGUAUGAGAGUGGAUCUGAGAUUAGGAGGCCAGUCGGUCUACGCUCACUACUCCUCUUUCUCCAUUGACAAUAUGAAGAAACACUACUUAGUCCGAGUGUCUGGAUAUACGGGCACAGCCGGCGACUCUAUGAAGUACCACGACAAGCGUCCGUUCUCAACACGCGAUCGCGACCCUGCGCCCUUCAUCACUCGCUGUGCCAUGUCCUACAAAGGAGGCUGGUGGUACAAGAACUGUCACGAGGCUAACCUCAACGGCCUGUACAACACAGAAACCAACCAGCAGGGAGUGAUCUGGACAGCGUGGAAGGGCAAAAACGUUUCCAUUCCGUUCACCGAGAUGAAGCUGCGUCCAUCCUCCUUCAGACCAGGCGCUCAGUGAUAAACCGAGCCAAGCCAGUGGAGAAGAAUAACGUAUACACACAUGUACAGACACACACACUGAUUUCAAACAUUGUGUAACCAGAUUUUGAAGCGUGAAUCUACACACACACACACACACACACACACACUUAAAGAAGGUUUAUUUCGUAUAGUAUAUUGUACAGUUUGUGGAUGCUCAGUUCUCUCUAUAUCCUGUGUAUUUGUGGUAACACAGAGGUUCAUCUGUCUGUACCCAGCUUGUAUUUAUCCAUUCAGUUGUUGUUUUUUAUUCUCUCAUGUUCGUUCUGUUGUGUUUUCUGGUGCUCAAAUGCUGCACAGGAUAAUUAAACGUAAUUAAAUGUUA